AUGUCCUCCCCAGAAUUCUACCUCGCAACCCUCCACGCUGGCCCAACUCCCACAUCCACCUCCUCAUCCUCCCUCUCCCCGCGCACCCGCACCGUCAUCUACAGAGGCCUCUGGGCCUCUCUCCCCGUCAACCCCAAGAACCCGGCCGCCCUCAACCCGCCCCUCUACGAGAGCGACCUGCUCACCCUCACAACCGACGCGCGCAUGGCCAAGGUCCCGGACCUCUUCAACAGCGACCCCUCCUCCGGCUCCGGCUCCGACCCCGCAUCCUCCGGCGGCGGCGCCCCCGUCGAGGCCGUCUUCUGGACCCCCGCCCGCGUCCAGUGGCGCAUCCGCGGCGACGCCUACAUCCUCGGCCCGGACAUCUCCUCCCCCUCCUCUCCGGCAGCCUCUGUGCGCGAGAAGCUCCUCGCCCGCAUGCGCCGCCUGCCCUCCUCCGAGGUCCAGCGCCGGCAGACCUCCGACGACACCCUCUUCCCCUCCGAGGUCCGCUCCAACAUCUCACAAGACGAGGAAGAAUGGAGCUUCGCCCGCGAGGUCACCGCGCACUUCGGCAACCUCUCCCCCAUGAUGCGCGGCACCUUCCGCAACCCGGAACCCGGCACCCCGCGCACCGCGAAGCCGCCCGACGCGGACCACAAGCUCGGCCAGAAGGUCGAGGACCUGCAGGACCCCGUCGCCCGCGACAACUUCCGCGUCGUCGUCAUCGUGCCCACAGAGGUCGACCGCGCGGACCUGAGCGACUCGGCGGACCCGCGCCGCUGGCUGUACCGGCUUGUCGGCGCGGACGAGCCGGAGGAGGCGCAGGAGGGUGCGGAGAGGACCAACGGGUGGGAAAAGAUUGAGACGUGGCCGUGA